AGAUGCAUUCUAAAAGGAAUGGGCAUCUUUGCUCCCCAGACGGGAUCGCGGAUUAAAGUCACGUUGGAGAGAAUUGCAGUCGCUUGGAUUCUUUACUUGUUUUAGUUUUUCUGAGUUGUAUGGAAAUGUGAAACCUUCCGACAGCAGAUGUCCAGACAAUGACUUGUUAACGAGCGAAGCCUUUAAUAUAGAUCAAACGCAAAAUUUCGGAGAAAGUCGGAGAAUGGGGAGUUGGAGAAAGAAAUACUGCCAUCUUUUCGUCGGAGCGAGUUUGCUUUUGUGUUUGGGUAUCCAGUUGUCGACGGCAGACACGAGGAUAUUUACUGCCGACGCUUGGGAGGGCACGGUGGAGGAGAAUCUCUAUUUACAUGCCGAUGCCCGGAACGUACACGAUGACCCGAGUUACUUGGUGUUGGCCUCCAACACUGUUCGUCCUGGUCAGGUGUAUCGGGUGUGUGUUUCGGUGUUCACAACCUCUCCUCUACUAGUUCGUGCUUCGCUUCACAGGAAUGGUGAACAGGUUGUGGGAGCCUCUGAUUACGCCAAUCCUCACGAUGUUACCAUUUUGCUUAUGCAAGUUCCUUUCAACGCCAUUCCAGGCAAUUACCUACUCCGAGUCGAAGGGAAUGUCAACGGUGAGCUUGGGGGCUCCGGAUUCAGCAAUGAGACAGAGUUGUCCUUCUCGGAGCGUUUUCUCACUAUUCUUAUUCAGACGAACCAGUUAGUCUACAAUUUAGAGCAAACAAUGUACAUAAGAAUUGUGUUAUUGACCACCGAACUAAAACCUUUCACGGAGCCCAUCGAUGUGUACUUAAUAGACUCAAGAGGAUUUGUGAUGAAACGAUGGGUGUCCGUAUAUCCGUAUUUAGGCAUUGUCAACUUGGAUUUCGAGCUCCCCUACGACUAUCCCGAAGGUUGGUGGACGAUCCGAGCCGUGGCUCUCUCCCAGGAAGAAGAACGUCGGGUAUUGCUGGAAAGAUGGUUUGGCCAUCGGUUCGAUGUGAAUGUCGGAACCCCCACUUUUAUCCUCAAUUCCGACGAGUACCUCGAGGGCCAGAUCUUGGCCAAUUAUUCCAGCGUAGCCACAGUCACCGGAAACAUUACCCUCAAAACCCUUUUGAGACCUUUAGGCAGCUACAGAGAAGUUGGGCUCAAUUGGAAUGAUCGCUAUCUGGAGGAUUACGUGGAUUUGUUUCAUGGGACGUAUGAUUUCAGCAUCCCUAUGUCAGAGCUUCGAAAUUUGGCUUCACCAGUCCCUUUGGAAUUCUGCGAAAUAGAAGUCCAAGCUGAGGUGGGUGAACGUUUUUACGAUUUUGUGGUAUCCGCCUAUGCACGAGUCAGAGUUGUGAACUCAAGCAUCGCUCUACGUUUCCUUGGAAUGACGCCUAAAACGUUUCGUCCCGGAAUGCCGUUCAAAACACAUUUAGCCAUCUCGUAUCACGACCUAGUGCCAUUACCAGAAGAGAAGUUGGAGAGUUCGAGCAUUGUUAUCACCCCUACUGUUGUGACUCGAACGGGCCGAAGAGAUCUCUUGCAACAAAUUUUGAAAUUUAAUAAAGACGGAGUCGUUGAGGUUGUUUUAGACACACCAAAAAAUGCUGAGAAACUCGUCAUUCGAGCAUUUUAUGAGGAUGAUGAAGAUCGCCAAAGUAGAGCAAGAGCGGAACUGACUGCUUUGCCUCAAUACAGCAAAAAAGAUCGUUAUUUGCAAGUUUCUACAAGCACAAGAAGAGCUAAGGCUGGAGAGUAUGCGGUAUUUCAUGUGCGGUCUAACUUCUAUCUGAAAUCAUUUCAUUAUUUGGUGAUGGCCAAGGACAUCAUUGUGCAGUCAGGAACAGAAAAUGUGCUGGGAAUGAUAAAUAGCAUCACCACAUUUUCAGUUCCCGUCGCUCCAGAAAUGGCUCCAGUUUUUCAUAUGGUGAUUUAUCACAUUACACCGGAUGGAGAAGUCCUGACAGAUAGCGUUAUUUUGCCAGUGGAUGCAAUUAAUCAGCAUAAGUUUGUUUUGGAUGUGAACUUGAAACAAGAGCGAUCUGGAAACAACAUCGAAUUGAUUCCUCGUCUCACCUCUGAGACACUGGUUGGUAUUUGGGGAUUCGAUAGCGAUCACGUGUCGACUCACGGUCGUCAACAGCUCACUCUUACAUCUAUCACGGAAGCAAUGUUUGGUUUUGAGAAGGAUCAUCUUAAGUUUCAUCGAGCUUUUUGGCGUCACAGGGAUGGUUCACCUGAAGAGAUUACAUAUUACACGACACACAACAUUGCUCGAGACACGAAAAAUUCGUUUGAGUUCUCCAAUUUGGUUGCUUUCACAAAUUUAGUAAUCAGUUCUAUGCCUACUUUCUGCAAUGCAUCUUCGAACUUAGGCUCUUGCUUAUCUGGUCAGUGUUACCCUGCACACAAGAAAUGUGAUGGUGUCAGAGAUUGUGACGACGGCACCGACGAGGGAAGCUGCUUCCAGAUCCAACUUAAUGAAGAUAAAGAUCUUUUUGAAUUUUAUUUGUAUCGAAGAAAUCGACAGGGUGCCUUUUUCGACGCAACGGCAGGAAAUUUCGCAUGGAAGAACAAAAUCAUAGGGGAGGAUCAAGAAGAAUAUGUCGCUACUGUUGCCCCAAAAGGUCCAUCCGCAUACGCUCUCAACGCUAUUGCAAUGAACAAGAAAUAUGGGCUCCAUAUUUUGCCAGAAUUUAUCAUUUUUGAUUCCACGAAGCCAUUUAUAAUUAUCGUCGAAGGCCCCGAAGAGGCAUCCAUUGGAGAGCAAAUCGGACUUCGGGUAUCCAUCAUGAACUACCAAUUUAUAGAAAUUAAGGCAGAAAUAAUUCUUGCCGCUUCCGAUGACUACCACUUUGUCCAAGUGGAGCCUCUGGGAAUAGUAUCUUCCUAUAACCCAAGAACAUCAGGCGGGGAGUUGCAGCAUCUUAUUUAUGUGAAGCCUGUAAGCCAUGCAUUUGUUCAUAUACCAAUCGUUGCUACACAAAUCGGUGACAUUGAAGUGACAAUCAUUGGGAGAACACAAGUUGCUAAAGAUGUGGCAACAGUCAACAUCAAAAUUACUCCAGAUGGAGUUCCAGUAUAUUGUCAUACCUCCAUGUUGCUUGAUAUGAGAAAUGAAGCUUACUUGAUUCGAUAUUUGGAUGUGAAUGUGACAGAAGACCCAAUUAUACCGUAUGAGGAAACAUACCGUCGCUACAUCUUUGGUUCUCCAAAAGCAAGUGUUUCACUCAUUGGUGAUGUUGUUGGAGCCCCUUUCCCUUCUGACCCAAGUUCUCCUGUUGGGUUGAGAGCCUUAAGAUUUGCUGAGCCAGUGAAGUCAGGAGAGCACAUUAUGUUUGAUUUUGCUCAUACUCUAUACACACUGAUCUAUUUACGUUUAACAAACCAGUUGCCAUCUGACACAAUGCGUGGUCUCUUGGAGUACUUAAAUAAAGCCUACGUGUAUCAAUCUGUUUUUUAUAAAAAUGGUGCGUAUACAAUGUUCAAAGGAGAACAGCCGAGCUUAUGGUUAACUGCAUACUGUGUUAGAAUUUUUCACCUGGCCCAGUAUCCUGAUUGGGAAAAUUUCCUUUAUAUUGAUCCUGAAAUGCUCUCAAAGUCAGUGGAGUUCAUUUUGAAGCAUCAGACAAGAGAAGGGUCAUUUUAUGAAGUGUCAACUUAUCCCUGGAACAGAAAACUGAAUGCUUUAAAUUCUCAUGAUUUCGAAAACAACCAUCAAAACAUAUCUUUGACAGCUCAUGUGUUGAUAACCCUCACUUCAGUGUCUGAUUUGCCUGGAGAUGUUCGAAAUGAAAUAUCUACAGCGAAAAAUCUAGCUGUCAAAUAUUUAGAAAGGCGGUUACCAAGCCUUCAAGACCCCUAUCAAGUUGCCAUAGUAACUUAUGCAAUUUUAGAUGCUGGUAGUGCAGAAGCAGAAGUGGGGUUUAACAAGCUAGAUCAAAUCAAAAGAGAAAAGGAGGGUAUGGUUUACUGGAGUCCAGAACCUAUAUCUUCAGCUGAAAUCCUCUAUCAAAACCAAAAACCUUUCGUUCUUCCACGUCUACCCAACAAAUAUGACUCAGUGGCUGUCGAGGCCACGGCAUACGCCCUUCUAUCCUACAUAAGGUACAGUGGUGUUGUUCAAGAUCAAAUAGUGAAAUGGCUCAACACUAUGAGAACUUCAGAUGAAGCAUUUAUAUCAUCACAGGAUACAAUUGUGGCAAUGCAAGCUCUGAUUGAAUAUUCAUUUCGAACUCAUGUGAGAGACAUCACAGACAUGAAACUUACUGUUGAAUCCAGCUCCAAUGCAGGUCGAAUUCACUCAAUGGCCAUCUCCAAUGAUAAUCUGGCCCACGCAAAAAACAUACCAAUUGUACCUUUUGUUUGGGGUCAUGUAGAAGUUGUUGCAAAAGGAGCUGGAUUGUCAGUACUUCAGUUGGAUGUAGGAUACAAUGUGGAUAAAGACUUUCUUCUCAUCCAACCUCCUGUCCCAUCUUUUGAUUUGAAAGUUAAUACCUUUUAUCAUGGAAGAAACAAAUCUCAUAUGAAUAUCAAUAGCUGUGCCAGAUGGACAUAUGUGGAAGAGAGUAAAACAAGUGGAAUAGCAGUAAUGGAGAUCUCAAUUCCGACUGGUUAUUUUAUACAUAAACCAGAUAUGGACAAAUAUGUUUACAGCAGACAAGUGCCUAGGUUGCAGAGAGGAAGGGUUUAUCCCAAAUCUGCAGUUUUCAUGUUUGAUUAUCUAGACACAUCCUGGUUGUGUGUAAAUUUUACCAUACAGAGAUGGUAUCCUGUAGCAAAUUUGACAAGGUUCCUAAAAGCUAGAGUUUAUGAUUACUAUAUGCCAGAAAGGUAUAAAGAAACAGUGUAUGAAGAUUUUGACCUCUUUGUGCUCAACAUAUGCGAGGUUUGUGGAUCAUACCAGUGCCCUUAUUGUCCACAUUUCAGUUUUGCAACAAGACUUGAUAUGCAAUGGAUGGUUUUCGCUGGCCUUCUGAUGCUUGGAGUUUUGCUCAGGACCCAUCUUGCAACGUAAAAAUAUCGUUGAACAGUCACUUUUACAUAUCAAUGCAUUUCAGACUUUGUUGUAUCAUCUGACUCAUGCCAUCAUGUUCAUCUGUUGUAUGGACUGACUCGUGAGCUGUAUAAACUGAUGUCAGUAUAAUCGACUUGAACUACUUUUGUUCUUUCAUUUUUAAUAAAUUUAUUUGUUUUGUA